CUCGCGCUCUGUCCUUCUCUCGCACUUCCCGCUACUCAGCAGUAGGUGUCAGGUUAGAUUGUGUUGCAUUCGAUGUUGUCGGGGAAAAGAGUUUCAUGCGCUUAAUGUCCAAUUUCCCAUAACUAUUUAUUGAAUUCAUAGUCGCCAGCUAUGAAUGAGAGUCGCCGGCUCUCAUUUGGGGUGGCAACUGCCACCCCGUGCCACCCCAGUAUAUUCGCCCCUGAGAAGCAGAGUUAAGCAAGAAAGGCUAGGGCAGAAUGAGCUAGCGCCUGUAGUGUGUAGGUUGUGUUCAAGACCAGACCGAAUAAAGAAGUAAAAGACAACUGCUGAGAGUGACUCUACUUCUUGGAAGUGAAGAUAUCACACUUAGGAAAAUACAAAAAUACGAAGACGCGCAUUUGGAGACCAUUGUGUGUGGCAGUUAAGACAAUUCCACCUCAGUGAUAUGGUUGGCUGUUUUAGAUCAAUUACUUUUAUAUCAAGGUGGGUUCUUUACUGUCUGAUGUGUCUAAUUUACGUUUAUAGGUUUAUAGGUAAACAGCCCAUAAUGACGUAUUCCUGUUUGUACGCCAGAGGCCAUGCAGGUGGUAUCAAGGCCAAGGGAUAUUGUAAAAUUAAUACAUUCUUUGUCAAGUGUACUUACACUUGACAAAGUGAAAAUUGACAACCACUUGGUUGUCAAUUUUCCAAUUUGUUACAAGAUUGGCUUAAUAUCCUUAAUAUCCUAGGAAUGGAAGACAAAUGCUCCACAGGAAACCCUUGCAAUGAAAUUGCUGCCAUAUGGGUGUGUUGUGGUGGCGCAGGGGUUAAGCACAACCCAUGUAUGGUGGCCUUAGACCUUGACGCAGCCAUCGCAGGUUUGAUUCCCGGCCUGGCAACCUUUGCUGCAUGAGUUUCAUGCGCUUAAUGUCUCAUUACCAACUUUUCUGUCAAUUAACUAUCAAAUAAAGGCCACUAGAGCCAAUAAAACCUUCAAAAACAGAAAUUGCUGCCAUAUUAUCAUUUCCAGACCUAGCUGAACUAUAUAUAUUUUAUUUUGAUCUGCUGCAAAUGAACACUGAAAAUUGUCAGCAUACCUUCAACUGAAAGUCCGCUGGUAUGGUAUUUCAUUUUUACGUCUGGAAAAUGUUGUCAGCGUUCGUUAGGUGAACCUUCAACACAACAUUCAGCAGACGUCAAUGUUUAACAUGUUUCCUUCAAUUCCAAAGUUAUGUAAUAUAUUAUGUUGAUCAUUAAACCUAAUCCCGAUGGAAUACAUUGAAGUUGGUGGUUUUAAUGUGAGAACUUUUUAAUUUUGUCACAACUUAACUAGAUGACGUGAGUUUUAUUCUUCGUUAUUUUAGAUGAUCAUCAUGACCUGCUGCUGUUCACACAACAUCAGCUGAGAAACAACUUCACAGGAUGACAUAAACAGGAAGAGCGCUGCCUCCUAUGGCUGAUACCAGCACACAGAUCACGACUCAGUCUGAGAUCAUCAACUUCACCAGCAACUUAACCAGCAACAGCACUGCAACAGCUGUGCAGGUAGCCACUGUGAUGAAGUGGUUGACAUUUGGCAUCGGGUUGCCCGUUCUCGUCCUGGCACUUUACUCCGUCAAGAACCUCUCCAAAGGUGAGAACAAGGUUCCCAUGCAUAUCAUGUUCCUCCUGGUGUCGGACAUCAUCAGCUUCUUCAGCCGUCCCUCUGUGGAUCAUAGUAUGGAAACUGACCAGGUUUUCUCCAGAAAUGGCACAGACAUCAUCUUUUACUUUGGGGUCAUUUCCAACAUUUCCCUCAUGCUGUUCAUAGCCCAGGAGCGCCAUCUGCUGGUGGCCUACCCACAGUGUCUUGGCUGUUGCACCAGUAUCAGACAGUCAUCUGCAGUGACCUUUCUGGCGUGGGCCAGUCCUUUCGCCAUGCUCACCCUCGCCUUGCUAGGCUACAACCUGUGGUUUGCUGUCUCUCUGCUCGCUCCUUUUCCCUUUCUCCUUUUUUUCACUGUGGAUUCCUGGCGGGCCCUACACUGCUCCCGAUCCAACCCACCGAGCCCAGAGAAGAGGAGGACAGUGUUUGGCAUUGGGGCAAUCUGGGCCAACUACACUUUUCUUUAUACCCCCUUUAUCCUCAGCAUCCUCUUGGAGGCUUUAUCCUUCAAGGACAAAGUCCCCUACCUGGGGCUGGUGUCUCACCUGCUUCUCUACCUCAGCCCGCUGGUAGACCCUUUCCUUUAUAUCUUCAUGACCAAGGGUCCAAAAGAGGUACUGCGAGCUCUACCCUGCUGUAAAAAAUUACAAAAGAAAGAAAACACGACACCCACAGUAGAAACUGUGACUGAAACUGUAGAAACAAGACUUUGAAGACAUGUAUAUUCAGUAGAGAUCAUUGUGAGCAUCCUGUGUUUUCAGUGGGAUGAAUUAACCCCCUGUUGGACUUCUUUAAUUAACAAAUAAAAUUUAAUGGAAGAUAAAUGGAACAUAUUUAAAGAUGCCAUUCAUUGCAAAAUAUGCUCAAAAAUUGAGCAAUGGGAACAAAAUCAGUUUCAAUAAAUAUACUUUGAUACCACCUGUUUUGUUGAUGUGAGAAAUAUUUAUCUCCAGAUGAACCUCAAAUUAGGAGUAAAAACCUAGUGUGGAUUCUUGAUGGAACAUGACUGAACGUCUUUUACAAUAUUUAAUAAAUUUUUCUUAUGAUAAUGAAGACUCAAUGAGUUUGUUGGCCAGAUUCUCCAUAUUCAGAGUUUCAGUGUCAGGUGAAUCAUAGUGAAUGCUGCAGAUUUGGUUUCUACUCAAAUCCGCCUGUUUUUUUUUUUUUUCUUUAUCCUUUGAUCCUCAUCUACGGUCAGAUUGAGACCAAGUAAAGUAAGAAUCUAGCAAAAUGUUUCUAUAAACCUGACUAGACAUAAACUACAUUGCCAAAAGCAAGGAACUGAUCAUUCCUUCUGAUCAGUGAAUUCAAGAUUGAAACACUUACCUGUUUCAAGCUAAUUUACUAAAGGCAAAACUAAAGGUUUUGCCUUUAGUAAAAGGCAAAACCUUUUGAAUGUACAUUUGAAUGUAUCCUGAUACAUUCAAAUCAGGAUAAAGUUGGCGAUAUAUGAACAGUUACAUUAGCAGGAAGGAUAUUAUACCAAUUAUCAACAAUAAAGACUUCCUCCCAGGAGUGAAUUCAGCAGUAUUUGGAAACUGGCAUAAAAAAGGUAUCAAAAUAAUAGCAGAUCUAUUUGACAAUAAUAACACAUUGAUAGCCUUUGCCCAGCAUCAAAAUAAAUUUGGCCUCUCAUCCAAAGAUUUCUAUGUUACAAAUUUGUCACUUUGUAGCAACUGGGCAUUGCAGAACACUUACAUGCUUCCAGGGCCAAUAGAAAAAUUCCUUAUCAUGUUUACCUUAAAAUCUUUUCUUUCAAGAUUUUAUGUUUUACAAUGAUGUUGGGAAUGUCUUCAGACCAAUGUCUUGAGACCAUAGACUAGGUCCAUAGACCCAAAGAGGUUUGGUAGAACUGGUUUAAAUUAUCCCAUUCUUUGUUUUUGAGUAAUAAAUUUAAAGCAAUUCAAUAGAUGAUAAUACAACACAGGAUUCCAUAUUUUCUUAAUAAAAUAAAUUCCGAUUGAUCAUCAUUGUUUCUCAAAUGUAGGACAAGCAUUGGAACUUAUUUUAAUCUUUUUUGGGAAUGCCGUUCUAUAUCUAGGUUCUGGAAAUGUGUAACUAACUCUACAAUUUUCCUGAUGGAAAAUCCCAAAGGGAUUAAUAAAGUUUCUAUCUAUCUAAAGAGAUCAGUAAGGACUAGAGUUUGUAAAGAUUGGGGGCAGUGUCUAUUGGAGCUGUCUUCCCCAGGUAAAAUAAUAUAAUGUAAACAAGUCCAGCUGACCAAUAAACUAGCAGGACAGAACUGUUAGGUCAGAAAUGUAUUCUGCAAAACUGGAUUUGUGAUAAGCCUCUUGUACCCUCAGUGGUACAGGGAAAUAUUUAGCAAAUGCCACUUUUCCAAUCCAAAAUUGGAAAAGUGCAAAAUCAAAUGGCGAAAUUGAAAACUUUAAGGCCCUUUGGUGACCCCUGAUGGACUACCUGCCGAGUGAUCUACAUUCUGAUCUAGUUAUCUAGCUAUAUACUUAUGCUUUGUACUUAUGUAUUUAGUUAUUUAUUUAAUUAUUUUAUUUUAUUGUUUAUUUUUCUCUCUUUCCUCCAGAAUGUUGAGACGCUU